AUGGAUCGUAUACGGAGGAUUCUUGGAAUUGGGCAGGUGAGAAAAAGAGACGAUGACACCUCAUCAAAAGAGACAUUAGCCCUGGAAUUAAAGGAUGAAUGGUGGCAGAAGAAAAGGAAGAAAGAGACGAGGGAGAAGAUUCUGGAGCAGAAUGUUUUGAAGAGGGGGCUUCCUGAGAGUGGACGAAGUAAAAUAAUGAUAAAAAUUUUACUUGGUGAUUUAUCAGGGAGAUUAAUAGGAAAAAGAGUGAUUAAAAAUGAAAAUGAAGUGGAUCAGGAAACAGUGAGGCAAAUCAAGGCGGAUGGAACCAGGACACUGGCGAAUGAUUACGAAGGAGUGGAAAUGGACAGACUGGUUGAGUUGUUGAUGAAGUACGCUAAUCAUAAUACAAAUGUUAAGUAUUGUCAGGGGAUGAGUGACAUUGCAGCAAAUGUUCUAAAGGUUUUUGGGGUAGAAAACGAUCAGACCUGUUUUGAGGUGUUUUCGAGGCUGAUUGAACUGGAAAUGAGUAGUGGAGAUGUGGGUGAGACUGGAUCGAUAUUCGAUACCAGGUUGUCACAGAUGAAGAGUGUCAUGGUUAAACAGAAGAUAUUGAUCAGGAAAUUGGAUGGUAAUUUGUAUAGAAUUCUUUAUACGAAUGAGACAAAUCCAGUGGGAUUCGUUGCAUUCAAGUGGAUGUUGACAUAUUUCACCAGAUUCAAUGGCCUAAGAGACCGUAUUUGGGAGUACCUAAUUUUCUAUGGGUUUGAUAUUCUGUACUAUUUUACAGUUGCAAUACUAAAAUACCACGAGGAGGAGAUAAAGCAGGCAGAUGAGGAGAGUCUACUUCUCUUUCUUGGUGACAUUGAAUCAAAAUACAUCGAACCAAACACAGUGGUGAACAUUGUUGAGGAAUAUAUGAGACACGUUUGA